AAGAAACGGGUUUGAAAUAUUUUCUGUCGACAAUUAGACAAAAGAGGGAGACAAAAGAGAGAGAUCUUAACAAACGGCUACUAAUUCCUUGUAAAGUCGUUUGUGUUAAAACAAGAAUUUUUAAUCUGUUUUCCUGUCGCUCAGGUUAUCAAUUUCAGAAAACCUGAGCGACAGGAGAAAAAAUGGAAUACAACUAGUGUUUAUGAUAGACCUGAAUGCACCAUUUUUUCGCCCCGCUGGUCGAUUGGUUGCUUUGUGAAAGAGGCGGAACUUAUAUUAAUCACGUGUUUAGUGACGAGAGCGGAAGUUUUAGUGUAUUUAGCGUGUGUUCAAGUUAGGUCUAAAAAGCAUGGAACAAAACAAAGAUGGGAGUUUGGCGCAGGUACGACAUGUUGUGUUAAUACUGUCCGGAAAGGGUGGUGUGGGAAAGAGCACCAUCACCACAGAAUUAGCCCUGGCUCUCAGGCAUGCUGGCAAGAAGGUUGGCAUCCUGGAUGUUGACCUUUGUGGGCCCAGUAUCCCCCGUAUGUUGAAUGUAGGCCGGCCUGAUGUGCACCAGUGUGACUCAGGCUGGGUACCGGUCUACACUGAUGCCCAGAAGAGCCUGGCUCUGAUGUCCAUUGGUUUCCUGCUGGAGGACCCAGAUGAAGCAGUGGUAUGGAGGGGUCCAAAGAAAACAGCUUUGAUUGGCCAGUUUGUAUCAGAUGUAGCCUGGGGGGAGCUUGAUGUGCUGCUGGUGGACACACCACCAGGGACAUCUGAUGAACAUUUGGCUGUACUGGAAAACCUUAAAAAACAGAGAGUGGAUGGAGCCAUUUUGGUUACCACACCUCAGGCAGUAUCAACAGGGGACGUGAGGAGAGAAAUCACCUUCUGCAAGAAAACAGGUGUACGGAUACUGGGCAUUGUAGAGAACAUGAGUGGCUUUGUUUGUCCACAUUGCUCUGAGUGCAGCAACAUUUUCUCAAAGGGUGGAGGUGAAGAGUUGGCUAAACUAACUGGAUCAGCGUUUUUAGGUUCUGUGCCCUUGGAUCCUCUUCUCAGUGCUAGCAUGGAGGAAGGCAAAGACUUCACACAGUCAUUUCCUGACAGUGCUACAUUCAGUGCUAUCAGCGUUAUUUGUCAGACUCUGCUCAGCAGCCUUGAAACAGAUCUUUGAUCAUAAUGCAGUUGUCAUUUUUGUAGAAACCAAGAUGUUUCACACACAUCCUGUAUAAACAACACAUGUACAGAUUAUUUUCACUUGUUCAGGCUUUAGGAGCAGUUUUUUUUUCCUUCUAAGUGCUGCAUUUGCAUUUCUUGUGGUAAGAUUUUCAGCUCUUGCAACAGAAACAGAUACAUGCUGCAGUUGUGACUGCUUAUUUCUGUUUUGUAUUUCAUUUUGUAAUUUCACAUGUAAUGUAGCUUGUGUAAAACGUGAAAUGUCAGUAAAAUACGCAAUGUUACAAACACAUUGUGUUUAGAAGUCAGUCGAAACUAAGUUGGAAUCUUCUUUAAUUGCGAGAAUGUUCACGUUGAUACAUCAGGAUAACUUCAAUACCAGUGCUCAUACAGGACUGUCGACUGGUGCUGCAGUAAGACGCAUCAGCAGCAGUUCCAUUUCCAGAAAUUAAACUCCAGAUCAAAUUUGGUCCAUUCUUCACAUGAAAGUACACCAACUGCAUCCGAUUAUUGCAACGUGCUUAAAUACAAUGCCUUUGAUACUUUACUAUAAGUUGUUUUAAAUCUUGUUGAAAUGACAGGUUCUUUCUGGUCUGGAUAAAAUUUUCUGAAAACAGCCUGCUUAUCAGGUUCAUAUUCCAGCAGCAACAAAACACUGAACCUCAUGCAGGAUUUUAACGGUUGGAAUGAGGAAGAGGAGCUACAUCGACAGAUGAAACAUGAGGGUGUGAAUAAGAUGGAGAGGAGAUGAAAUGUGAAAAUUACACUUGUGAGACCCAACACGGGGCACACACACCUUUAAUGCAAACAGCAGUACUACAGGAAAAACACUGAAGUUUGAAAAUGUUUGCGUAAUGAUUAGAAUACAGCUAAACACAAAACUCCCACUCCACCAGCAACAUACUAAAGGCAAUCUUAUUAAACCAAGAAUUACAUCCAGAGGAAUUCCAAUCACUUAUCACAAUUAACCCACAGUGCAUUAAAUCUAUCUAUAGAUAUUUAUAUGUCUGUAUAUAUUUAUAUAUGUAUAUAUCCUGAACAAUUAGACUUUUGCUGCAUUUAACAGUUCGAAGAACAAUUUCUUAUAAAUAAAAUCAGUGGAAAAAAAAAUCUUAAGUCCAUACACAUUUUUUUUUUUACAAAUAGAUCCUCAAGAUUAAUUCAGAAUUUCUGUCAACUCCCAAGUUGAUAUGGGAGGAGAAAAAGCUGUGUGGCCCUUUGGUCAGCUCUCUAAGACCAGAGGCCAAGCUGCCCUUAGCUGGCCUCAAAGCCUGAAAUAAGUGGAGGGGAAAAAAAAGGAAUACUACAAUUUUUUUUCCUUUUUUUUUUUGUCUUAUACACGCACGCACGCAC